UUUUUUUUCAGAUUUCAAUGAAGGUGAAAGUAAAAUUGAGUUUGAGUGGAUAAAUAUUGAAAAGGCAGCUUGUUAACGAACAGCAAUAACAUCAUGAGUUACAUGAAUGUGUCAAUUGACAUCCAUUCUAACCAGCUGUUGGACUGGCUGAUUGACAGGAGACACUGUAGUCGCAACUACCAGAAUACUCUCUCCAGUAUCAAACAAGACCUCACGCAAGCGCUACAACUGAUAGACCCCGAAACUCGAAAAAAGCUGGAAAAACUGACAUCUCUGUGCUAUUAUCACAUCCAGGACUUAUUUGAAUCUCUCCAGAAAACUGAAAAUGUGGACACUAACAUAUUCGGUUCAUAUAACUCGCCAGUUCUCAAAAGUCUUUACAACGUUCUCAAAUCAUACGAAAAAGGCAAUCUCCAUUUAGCGGAAUCAGCUAUGGUGCUUGCUAGACUUCAAGUUUACGAAAUACCAUACUACCGCAAACAAAUUUCCAAGCUGAAAAACACGCAAUUGGAUCUGGACAAGAAAAUAACGGACUUGAACAAACGUUCUGAAGAUGCGAUGGCCAGGUAUUACUCUAAUUGUAAGAAGUACGGAGUAAGUGGAGGUGAGAAUUUGAUCCAGGAGCUAACUGAUUUGACCUCUGGCUUGGGCGAUUUUCUGAACGGGGUUGCGGAAAAAUGUAAAGAGUUGGAAGGUGCAAUUGGACUGUUUAAUGGGUUCUCGGCCAAGCACAAAUGGAAGAAUACGGGAACGGGAGGGAAAGAGGCGGAGGAAGAGUUGAAGGUAAUGAAGUAUAUUGUGAAGUGGGGCAAUACAUCGGUGCAUGAGUUUGAAUAUGGCAGACAACAAAGUAGCAAGGGAGGCAGCAGUGGAAAUGGAACUAGUGAGUACGAGCUUGUUAACAACGAAGAUUUUCCUUCAUCGCUUACAGCUGGUGACACUGACAAAACGGUGAAUAAUGACGGUAAAAUAUCCGCAGACGCUUCUAAUGCCGGUGACAUUCCAACAACCAAAACCGAUUUGGGUGACAUUGACUGGGGAAUCGAUGAUGUAACAGGUCAAAAUGACGUCAUCGUUGCGUCACAAGUCGCAAAUAGUGAUAUAGAUUUCGGAGAUGAUGAACCAGUAGACAAUUCAAACAUUAUUGAUUUUGCAAUCGAAGUAGUAGGAGAUUCUGAAAAUGUAGAAUUUGCCAACUCCAAUUUGAUUGGGUCGACUGAGUGCAAGAAGAAAACGAGCUCACUUUUUGAAUCACAGGAGACAAGGCUGAAGUUUCUGACCAAUUUAGAGGAGCUCAAAUGUUUUCUGCUCGUGCGAAAGUUGGAGUUGGAGCAAUCAUCCGACAGUAGUUUUAUUUUUGUUCAAACCGACGAAUCAAUUGAACAAGUAAACAAAUAUUUACAAAUAGCCGAUGAAAUUUUGCAGUCAUUAACCAACCAGAAAACUCGUGAUUUGCUCAUAAUGCUUAAUGAUUGCUCGCAUAUUGAGAAAAUAGCGGAGGGUCUGUUAACUAAAAAGAAACUUUCGGCGCAACUGAAAAUAAAAGCAGAGUCGUUGAAAGAAGCUUUAUUUGAGGCUGCAAAGGAAGAACAGUCGUUGCGACCAAUGAAAGCUAAACUGGAAGAGGAUUCGAAUUUUAUUAGAAAGAAAAUUGAAGAAUCGGUAUCUCAGCUAUACAAGGGCAGACCUGUGUCAAUUAUACUGACUCAGUAAAAAUGUAUUAGUUGUUUUAAUAAAAAUGUGUACAUCAAUGUUAAUUAGUACAGCUUCAGUUACGCCCGGAGUUAAGGUUAUAAUUUAUUCGAUGUUUAAAUUGAAAAUUAGAAAUUUGUUUUGUACUUACACUGGUAAGUUGAAACCAGCAUAAAACAUGCAUGAUCGGGCUUGAACUGUAUUCUUGAAUAUAGACGAGCUAACUGUAUUUGCAGCUCUUACAAACUCUAUUUGUCCAAAAUUUAAGCCAAUACUAGGGUUGA